AUGGCAAAAACAAUAUCUCUUGUCUUUUCUGAAUCUCAAGAUCGAUUAUGUGUUUGGCAUAUUUAUCAAAAUGUAGCGAAGAAUUUGAUUCAUGUGUUUAAUAAAUCAAACCACUUUACUUAUGACCUUAGUAAUUGUGUGUACGAUUAUGAAGAUGAAAAUGAGUGGCUAUUAGCAUGGAAUAGUAUGUUGGAAAAGUACAGUCUCGAAGAGAAUAAAUGGUUGAAAGAGUUAUUUGAAAUAAGAAAAAAAUGGGUAAUCGUUUACGGACAACACACUUUCACCGCGGACAUAAAAACUACCCAAUGUAAUGAAAGUUUGAACAAUAUGUUAAAGAAUUACUUGAAGUCGAGUCAUAAUCUUUUGUGUUUGUUUGAGCAUUAUGAGAGGGUUUUGAAUGAUCGGCAGUAUGAAGAACUGCUUGCAGAUUUUAACAUGAUGCGAAGUAUGCCCGUGUUAUUAACUAGUGUGGAGAUGUUACGUCAUGGUGUAGAAAUCUAUACCCUAAAUUUUUUUGAAUUGUUUCAGAAAGAGUACACAAGGUUGGGAGAUUACAAUGUUUAUAAAGUGGCUAAGGAUGGGACAAAAGUUGAAUACAAAGUAUCUUGUGCUGGAAAAUCUCAAAGGUAUGUGGUCAAUUUCAAAGCCUCAACAGAAACAGUUAUGUGUAGUUGUUUGAAGUUCACUUUUAUUGGGAUUUUAUAUGUUCAUACUUUGAAAGUGUUGGAUGAGAAGAAUAUAAAAAGGAUUCCGCCCCAAUAUAUCAUGAAAAGAUGGACAAGAGAUGCAAAGGCAAGGACUAUCACUAAUUAUCAUGAAAUUGAAGCCAAUGACAAUCCUAAAGUGUCUAUCAGAAAGCGUUAUAGUCAUUUAUGUCGAAAUUUUUGUGAGAUUUCAUCUUUAGCAUCGGAACAUAAGAAGUUAUAUGCAUAUGCAAAUGAUCGUGCUCUUAAGCUCAUUUUUAGUAGUUGGAACUCACAAGAGCAACAAACUAGACAUGAUAUGUUUACCCAGGAAUCCCAAAUUGGCCUUGGAGUAGAAACGUCUUCUGCAGCUCAUUCAAUGAUGAACUAUGAUCAUGAAAAUUUUGAGGCAAUCACAAAUCGGCAACCCAAUAUGUUUUACAUACGAUUACUUCAGGAGUUGCAUUAUGGCAACCUCUCACAAACUGCACGAGAAGGUAACCAGUUUGAAAAUUUUCCUCCUUUUUAG